GUCAGUGAAUCAGCAUUGCCAACAUGUAGUAUCACUUUUCAAGAAACGAACUGAACACAUUGUGAUAACACUAACUUGCAACGUGGCUGUGUUUUUAUUUUAAUAAAUGCCACAAAAAGUUAUUCUCUGCAAUAUAGAUUUAGAAUUAAAAUCAAAUUAAGAUUUAGAUUAACAUUAAUUACAUUUUAAUCAAUUCGUAAAAAGUUGUGGAAAUAAUUAUGGCGACAGAAGAUAACCAAUACAAUUAUACAAAUAAAUGGAUUUCAAAAAUUGUAUUUACAAUAUUUCUGACACUUAUAGUAUUAAAUUUGCCAACCCUUUGCCAAGCCCACAGUCAUGAUAAAUCACCAAGUUUUAAGUACACAAAGGAAGCUAAUGAAGUGCACAUGGAACAUUCAAUACACCAUCAUCAAGUAGUUCAGGAUGAGCACAAUAAACAUGUUCAUCAACAGAAACCAGUUACAUCCAACAAAACACAGAAUGUGUUUCUUAAAGCUAUUACAUCCACUUUAAUUAUAUCAGUGGUUCCACUUCUUAUUUUAUUCUUUGUUCCUUUAGACAAUACAAAAGAACGUGAACCAUUGCUAAAGAUAUUGUUAAGUUUCGCAUCUGGUGGGCUGCUGGGAGAUGCAUUUUUACAUUUAAUACCACAUGCUUUGGUUCCUCACUCAAAUGAGUCUAAAGAAACACAUUCACACCAACAUUCUCAUAGCCAUGAUGACGAAGAAUCCCAUCAUGUCCAUGAUAUGUCCGUUGGUUUAUGCGUAUUAUUAGGUAUAAUCAUGUUUUUAAUUGUGGAGAAAGCAGUAAGACUUAUAAAAACUGAUCAUACUCACUCACAUGUACAUAGCAUCACAGAAAAUGUAUCGAAAGAAAAGAAAAACAAUAAAAACAAAAAUACAGAUAAAUGUGAUGUAGCUUCUAAGGAAUCUAAGGAUCUUCAGAAUGAAAUGAAAAUUACUGGAUACUUAAACCUAGCUGCAGACUUUUUACAUAAUUUUACAGACGGCCUAGCUAUUGGAGCCAGUUAUUUAGCUGGCAACAAUAUUGGUUUUAUUACCACUAUUAUAAUUUUGUUACAUGAAAUACCUCAUGAAAUUGGAGAUUUCGCUAUUUUAAUACAAAGUGGCUGUAGUAAGAGAAAAGCUAUGAUGCUUCAGGUUGGUACCGCAGUCAGUGCUAUGUUAGGAACCUGUGUAUCAUUGCUUGCAGAAGGCAUAGAUGAUCUUGCAACUAUGUGGAUUCUUCCAUUUACAGCUGGUGGAUUUAUUUAUAUUGCAACAGUAUCUGUAAUACCAGAACUUUUAACCGAUACCAAAUUUGGACAGUCUGUAUUAGAAAUUAUUGCACUUCUCUCUGGUGUAUAUAUGAUGGUACUCAUAGCAAAAUAUGAAUAAGGUCAAUGUUAUAAUACCUUUUUUGAUUGAUAUUACUUAAUAAAAAUCUUAAUUAUUAUAACAAAAUCCUUAAAUUAGAACUUGUAUUUUUAUAAGGCUAUAAUUAUGUUUACUGAUGGAUGAUAUUAGUGAUAAUUUAAAAAUGUUGUAUGAUACGACUGCCAGUGAAAAUAGUGUUAUUUUAUGCAUUUACUACAAAUAUUAACAUGUAUAAAUUUAUAAGUUACUGAAAAAACCGGAAAACAUAAUAUUCUAUUAAAAUUAUGAAGGCUGUAACUUUAAUUUAUAUUAAACUUUUACAAAAUUUGCAAAAGACUUUAUAGUAGUGUGUUAAUAGACUGUAUAAAAUUAUAAAAAUGAUUUAUCAGGAGAAAAAGAGUGAUUAAAAGUAUUGAAUAAACUCAUCAAAGAUAAUGCAUUAAUUUUACACAAGUAGUUUUAAGAUAAAUGUAUGCAGAUAAUAAAAGAUAAAAAGAAUGCGUAUUUCGUAUAUAGAUGAAAUGAAUACAUAAUCUAUUCUAUACUGUAAUAAAAAAUCAUGUUUCUAUUUCACUUGAUUUACUAAUUAUACAUAAUUGUAAUAAUUAAAUUAUAAUUAAACUCUUAUUAAUAAAAUUUUAAUUAUUAUUUUUACU